AUGAAAAAGAUUUAUUUUGAUGGUCAUGAAUGUGAAGAUGUAGUGGAAUAUGAUAAAAAUUUAAACCGUAUUUUGCCAAAUCUUGAUCCUGAUGAGGUUGAAAUUGUUUCUGUUAUCCAAGAUGAGACCACUCUUUAUGCAAAUGAUGAUAUAAAACAAUAUUGGAGCCCGAAAGAUGAAUAUGGCCUAUGA